CAAUAGUUACACCAUGUGUGCUGUGAUUGGUCAACUUCUCAUAGUGGGAAGUGCUCGUACGCCGGUGUCUCCCUGGUUGCGCAAGACGCCAUUUUGGACUGACAGUGAAAGAUAACGGAAAGAUCGAGAAGCUGUCUUUCUAGAGCUUCGUCACCAUGGGGAAUGUAUUUGCGAGCUUAUUCAAGGGCCUGUUUGGCAAAAAAGAGAUGAGGAUUCUCAUGGUGGGACUCGAUGCGGCUGGAAAAACAACUAUCCUAUAUAAACUGAAGCUUGGAGAGAUAGUCACCACCAUUCCCACCAUUGGUUUUAAUGUUGAAACUGUAGAAUAUAAGAACAUCAGCUUCACAGUGUGGGAUGUGGGCGGUCAGGACAAAAUCAGGCCGCUGUGGCGCCACUACUUCCAGAACACUCAAGGGCUUAUCUUUGUGGUGGACAGCAACGACAGGGAGAGAGUGAACGAGGCGAGGGAGGAGUUAUCCAGAAUGCUUGCUGAGGACGAACUCAGAGACGCUGUGCUGCUCGUUUUCGCAAAUAAACAGGAUCUCCCCAACGCUAUGAACGCUGCAGAGAUCACAGACAAGCUGGGCCUGCACGCCCUGCGCCAGCGCAGCUGGUACAUCCAGGCCACCUGCGCCACCAGCGGGGACGGCUUGUACGAGGGCCUGGACUGGCUCUCCAACCAGCUGAAGAACCAGAAAUGAUCCAUUCCACCAGUUUUGAAUUUUGUUUGUUUAUUUUUCUGUUUCAACACAGCGGCAGCACCGGAUCCAGGCCCCUCCGCUCCCAUCUAACCCCGUUUUCAAAUCCCAGCUCUUUCUUUCUUUCAAGAACUUCCUUCAUUCCCUCCUCCUGCUUUCUCCCCUCGUCAGUACUCUCGGGGGCUCUAGCCUGUGCUGCUUGUGUGUGCGUGGGCGUGAGCGUGUGUGUGUGUGUGUGUGUGUGCGUGUGCGUGUAUACCUUGUGUGUUCAGCGAGUGUGCGUGGGUGUGAAGGCGUCUCUGCGUAUGUUGGCUGGGAUUGGGAGUAACCCUGGCGUGCCUUUUACACACCUCCUGUGGAAUCAGCAGUCUGGUUUUCAAGCCCCUUUCUCCAUCCACCAAACUCAGCCUCUGCCCCACUCAGCCUACCCCCACUCUCAGUCUUGCACGGCCCCCUUCUCCCCACCCUUACUCUCCAGAGGAAGCAUGGUUUUCAUACGGCAAAGAAAGAGCAAGGGUGCAAGCUCUCCUCCCUGUAGUGUAUAUAUAGAUAUAUAUAUAUAUCUAUCUACAUAUAUAUAUAUCUAUGUUAACUAGAAACGUUCACCCAGUGUAGACCGAAUGCUAGAUGUUCAUUUUGACCUCUGUCUGAUUUUGAAACCUCAAACCCACCAGUAAGAGAUUCAGUAAAUUGCAUCUUAACCUGUAUCAGGUCGAAACAAAUCACACAAAAAAAAAAAACAGGAAAAAACGCAAGAAAGAACGGCCAUCCUCGAUCAUUCUGCUGUCAUCUGAAAAUCAUGCUGUUUGUUUUAUUGUUAUUAUUAUUAUAUUGGAGUAUAACAGAUUAUUCUUAGCAAUGGUUCUCCAGUGAACACUACCUUCUCCCCACCACUAAGUGAGACCGUGAAGCACAAGGCAAAUCAACAAUCUUUAAAAAAAAUAAAUAAAUAAAAAAAAUUAUUAUUAUUCGAAUCUGCAAGUAUAUGCAACUCUUUUCAGAUCUUUUGGUUUUUGUUCCCCGGUGAAAUUGGAUUUCUGAGGCGUCCUGACUCAAUCUGACAGUGUUCCUACUUCAUGUCAAAUACAAGCUGUUGGACAUUUCAAACUUUCAGCCGGUUAAUGGAGACAGCUGUCCUGAUACAUUCACAAGCUUCACAUGUUAUUCCUUUAAAGACAUGUUACAUGCGUGUUUUUUUUUCUGUAACUAGUUUUAGUAUUUCUAUUUGUACUAUGACUGCUGAACCAAAUGCAUUUGAGCAGUAUGACAAAUCCUGUAUGUUGAAGUGUAUCCUCGAGGGCCUCAGCUGAUUUUGACGAGUUGUAUUUUUUUUUUUUUCCUCACACCAACGGUUGGCAGUUUUACUUUGAAAUCUUUUUUAAAAGCAUCCAGCUGUUCAUGUUCCUGGUUGGGAUGAAGGAUUGGCGCCAAAAUAUGAAGGCUCUUAAACUGUGAACGGUCCAGACUUGAAGAAAGGUCCGACUGUCUGGGUGUUUACAGGCUACUACUUCUCAUUGGCUUUGCCACAGAGAAGACCAACACAGCUGGAAGGACUUGGUGGUAGACCUGUUGAGGGGGGGAUGGGUGUGCGGUUACCUGGUCGUGAGAUUCAGCGGGCGUCCUCAGUGUUGAACCGUGGGGGUUAAGCUGGCACUUCUGUCAAGAAUGAUUGUAAAUCUGUAAGUUCCCCUGUAAACUGUUUCUGUGGGGAUUUCCUGAACACAUUAAUAAACAUGAUUUGAUCCAACA